AUGGACGUUACCGUUGGGGAAAGUGUGGUCCUGCCCUGCCAGGUGAGCCACGACCCAUCCCUGGAGCUCAAGUUCACCUGGUUCUUCAAUGAGCAACUCAUCCACUUCGGGAGCCAUGGAGGAUUCUUUGAAAAAGUGGGCGGUCAGCAUUCGGCUGGAGACAUCAUGAUUCGGAAUAUCCAACUGAGGCACGCAGGGAAAUACACGUGUGCCGUGCAAACAAAGGUGGACAGCAUCUCCAUUGCCAUGGACCUGGUUGUCAGAGGUCCCCCGGGCCCCCCUACUACCAUCCACGUUGAAGAAAUCACUGAUACCACAGCUACUCUGUCCUGGAGGCCUGGUCCUGAUAAUCACAGUCCAAUUACAGCAUACGCCAUCCAGGCCAGGACACCAUUUUCCCUGGGGUGGCAGGCUGUCACCACAGUUCCUGAGAUGGUAGGGGGCAACCUGCUGACUGCUACAGUAAAAGACCUGAGCCCUUGGGUGGAGUACGAGUUUCGAGUCCUUGCAAGCAACAGAAUUGGGACCGGCGAGCCCAGCAAGCCAUCCAAACAAGCAAGGACAAAGAGCACCUAUCCGAAGGUCACACCAUCUAAUGUGAGUGGAGGCGGAGGCAGUCGCUCCGAAUUAGUCAUCACAUGGGAGCCUGUUCCAGAGGAGCUGCAGAACGGACCCGGUUUCGGCUACGUGGUAGCGUUUCGACCCCAUGGUGCCACAGGCUGGAUGCAGGCGGCUGUGCCAUCUGCGGAGGCAUCCAAAUACGUCUUCAAAAAUGAGAGCAUUCAGCCCUUCUCGCCUUUCCACGUGAAAGUGGGCGUUUACAACAACGAAGGGGAGGGCCCAUUUGGAUCUGUUACCACCAUCUACUCUGCUGAGGAAGAGCCUGGCCGAGCUCCCACCAGGGUCCGUGCCAAGAGCCUUUCUGCAUCAGAGGUAGAAGUUUGGUGGAAAGCUCUGCCCUGGAACGUCAGCAAGAGGAGAGUGCUGGGCUAUGAGCUGAGGUACUGGAGCAAAGGUGAAAAGGAAGACAUGGCCAGCGUACAGAGGACUCUAGGAAACCAAACCUCCACUGUUAUCAACGGGGUGAAGGGCAGCACCACUUAUUACAUUUCAGUGAGGGGCUACAACACCGCUGGAACCGGUCCACCCAGCACCACCGUCAACGUUACCACCAAAAAACCCCGCAAGUCGCCCAGUCAGCCACCAGGUAGAGUGAUGUGGAACACAUCCAACUCCAAGAUUAUACUGAACUGGGAGCAGGUCAAAGCCCUGGAGAAUGAGUCUGAAGUAACCGGUUACAAAGUGCUGUACAAGAAGAAUCGGCACAGCCGUCCCAACAUCAUGGAAACCAACACCACCUCUGUAGAGCUGGCUCUUCCUACUGAUGAGGACUAUAUCAUCCAGAUAAAGCCAUUUGGGGAGGGAGGGGAUGGGAGCAGUAGCAGGCAGAUCACCAUCCCAAAGAUACCAGGCCCUAAUGCAGUCGGCUCAGCAUCCAAGGUCUCCACUCUAUCAGCCCUGAGUACAAUAGCGCUGUCUUUCACAGCACGGACUUCUUUAUGA